CGUCUAACUGUGCAGACCUCUCCCCGGUCCCUCCCAACAUCCGUCUUACCCUAAAUCGGAUUCAUCUGGGAAUCUCAAUAUUGUACAGUACGUUCCUUCGUUUUUUUUUAUUAUUUUAUUGUUUUCUCAACGGUUACCUGGAAAAGAGCAAUAGGAACUGCCAGCCAUGGAGACAUCUGGCAAUUCGCACAAGAAGCCGAAACUGAGCAAUUCGCCGGAAAACUGGGGAAUGCACAGGGCGACUAAUGUUACCUACCAAGCCCACCAUGUCAGUCGAAACAAGCGGGGACAGGUUGUGGGCACCAGAGGGGGCUUCCGAGGGUGCACUGUUUGGCUCAGUGGUCUGUCUGGUGCGGGCAAGACCACAGUCAGCAUGGCCCUAGAAGAGUACCUGGUGUGCCAUGGCAUUCCCUGCUACACCCUGGAUGGAGACAACAUCCGUCAGGGGCUGAACAGGAACCUAGGCUUCAGCCCGGGAGACCGCGAGGAGAACAUCAGACGCAUCGCCGAGGUGGCCCGGCUGUUUGCUGAUGCAGGGCUAGUCUGCAUCGCCAGUUUCAUCUCUCCCUAUGGCAGGGACCGCCUCAACGCCAGGAAGAUCCACGAGGCCGCCGGUCUGCCCUUCUUCGAGGUUUUUGUUGACGCCCCACUGGAUGUGUGCGAGCAGAGGGACGUGAAGGGACUGUACAAGAGAGCCAGGGCUGGGGAAAUAAGAGGUUUCACCGGCAUCGACUCUGAGUACGAGAAGCCAGAGGCUCCAGAUCUGGUGUUGAAGACCGACUCUUGUAGCUUGAACGAGUGCAUACAACAACUGAUUGACCUUCUUCAGGAGAGGGACAUUGUUCCUGUGGAUGGUUCCUAUGAGAUCAAAGAGUUGUAUGUCUCGGAGAACAAGUUGGACCUGGCCAAGGCAGACGCGGAGACUCUACCUGCCGUGCAGAUCGGCAAGGUGGACAUGCAGUGGGUGCAGGUGCUAGCCGAAGGAUGGGCCACGCCCCUGAACGGCUUCAUGAGAGAGAGGGAGUACUUGCAGUGUCUCCAUUUCGACUGUUUACUGGAUGGUGGAGUGAUCAACCUGUCGGUGCCGGUGGUGCUGCCCGUGUCCGUGUCUGAUAAGGAGCGUCUGGACGGGGUGACGGCCAUGGCCCUGGUGUACGAGGGCCGGCGUGUGGCCAUCCUGCGCAACCCGGAGUUCUACGAGCACAGGAAGGAGGAGCGCUGCGCCCGCCAGUGGGGCACCACCUGCAAGGACCACCCUUACAUCAAGAUGGUGAUGGAGAGUGGCGACUGGCUCAUCGGAGGAGACCUGCAGGUCCUGGAGCGGAUCCGCUGGAGCGACGGACUGGACCAGUACCGACUCACGCCCACCGAGCUGAAGCAGAAGUUCAAGGAGAUGAACGCAGACGCCGUGUUCGCCUUCCAGCUGCGCAACCCGGUGCACAACGGCCACGCCCUCCUGAUGCAGGACACCCACCGGCGGCUGGUGGAGCGCGGCUACCGCAAGCCGGUCCUCCUGCUGCACCCUCUGGGGGGCUGGACCAAGGACGACGACGUGCCGCUGGAGUGGCGCAUGAAGCAGCACGCCGCUGUGCUGGACGAGGGCGUGCUGGACCCCGAGACCACCAUCGUCGCCAUCUUCCCCUCGCCCAUGAUGUACGCCGGACCCACCGAGGUGCAGUGGCACUGCCGGUCGCGGAUGGUGGCCGGGGCCAACUUCUACAUCGUGGGCCGGGACCCUGCGGGCAUGCCCCAUCCAGAGACAGGCAAGGACCUGUACGAGCCCACCCACGGAGCCAAGGUCCUCACCAUGGCGCCCGGGCUCAUCACCCUGGAGAUCGUUCCCUUCAAGGUUGCCGCUUACAACAAGGUCAAAAAGGCCAUGGACUUUUAUGAGCCCAAGAACCAUCAGGACUAUGACUUCAUCUCAGGCACUCGCAUGCGUAAGAUGGCUCGCGAGGGCCAGAACCCCCCGGAAGGCUUCAUGGCACCCAAGGCGUGGAACGUGCUGAAAGAAUAUUACAAGUCACUGGAAAAGGCGUGAGGCCGGGCCUGGGUAGGCCCCGGUGGUUUCUCCAAACCCUUAACAUUAACGGUGGGACCACACGACUACUAUGGCUACAUAUGAAUCUGCAUAGUCUCUCCUGUCAAUGCUCUAAAUGCACUGCUCACUUAAUGUUGGUGUUGCUGUCAGUUGUCUUUUUAGUUUAACCACAGUUACAGCUACUAUGUAUUUGAUUGACUAUCUCACCUUUUUUAGUACUGUAUGUUAACAGAGUGAAAUGUGUCUCCUUUUUUAGUUGAAUGGUGCCAGUGACCUGCUGUCACAUGAAUGUACUGUUGAUCAGUGAUAAUUUGUGUUAAUUUGCGUUUGGCCCAAAGUGGAGCCAGGAGAUAUCACUUGCUUUGUUUUGGUAAGUGACAUCACCUGACACCUAUUUCAGCCAAUUAGAAACAUGAAAAUAACACAAUGAUUAGCUUCUAAUGUGUGGUUACAUAAAUAAUGUUAAAGCAUCUAUUUAAUAUUGUGAAUAUUCUACUAAAAUCCUAAUUAACUAAUCAAUUGUUCUUAUCGUUUUUAAGUGACAGCAAAUUGACCAAAAUAAAUGGUUUGUCCGAGUGUCCAAGUAAAAAUUCAGUGCCUUGGUUUUGUCAAAUAAUGCGAUCAGAAAUUUGACUUGCAUGCUGUGCAAUUAAGCACAGCACUGCUUCUUGUCCCCCGUGUCACUUUGUUACGCCAAAGCGGUCCAGUAGUUCAGCAGAAACAUUCUACAAAACAGAUGGGUACUGAAAAAGAGCCGUGGAGAUGUUUUGCUUUGGAAAUGCAACCCUUGAUGUUACUUAGUGUGAGUGUAGCUCUCCUCAGUCCUAACCUCUCUGUCCUCAAGUCAUCUAAGAUAUUAAUAAUAAGAUAUUUUCCUCUUACCUUACAGUUUUGUGUAUAUGUUUUUGCAUCUUAUUCGUUUAACUUAGACGAAAUUGGAAAUCUAGCUGUUUUUGCGUAUUUUUGUAUUUUAAUGCUUGUAUUUUUUUUUCAAUGUUUCCAUUUCAUUACAUUCAUUCUGUAAAAUCCAUUUGACAUUGACCAGCAACGUUACUGAUGUGUACUUAAUCCCUCCCUGUCCAAUAAAUAUUUUUUACCAAAUGGA